UACACACUCGUCAUAAUAGUUUGUCUUCACAUUGACCCGUUGUUCGAUGUUCGAAAAGUUAUUCCAGAACUACAAAAUCCCUGUGUUCUAGACUAGCAACGGAGUUCGAUAUAAGUUGUUUACAGUUACGACUGACUAUUCGAAUCGACAGACGCACAUUUGAGGCCGUCUCGUAUUUAGUUCAGACUUCUGGCGACAUGUCCAGAAGACGCGGCAGACGGAGACACCGGCGGGCCCGGGUGGUAACGUUCCCGUCCUGUCCUCUCUCACAUGUUGACAAGGAAGAUGGACGUCAGCGGUACCUGAUAGUAGCUGUGGUCACGGCGAUGCUUCUCUUUGCUGUGACAUCGGUUGCUGCCAUGGCGGUCACGGUUCAGUCCAACACCGAUGCGGACGAAGUUGCCACCAACCUUUCCCCGUACCGAAGCUGGGGAGACCACCGAGCAGAGAACGAUAAUGUAGCUGUGGUAACUAUCACGGUACCAUCCCGCUACAACACCGAUGUGAAUGACACGGACGCCAACGAUCCUUCGCACCAAAGCUGGGGAGACAGCCGAGUCGGCACCGCAGAUCCCGGCGGUCUCUCCGGGCAGAGCGGAUGGGAAAGGCCUUGGGUCCAGGUGAAGCACGGCUUCGCUGAAGGUGAAGACGACACUCAAGCUCAUCGCGAUUCCGACAGCAUGACAUCGACUGAUGCCUCUCCAAAGACGAAUAUAAUAUCUACUCCCCUUCCGACAGACGGCAUGGACAAUGUCAAAGUUCCUGACCAGACGGAGACUCUCAGAUCUGCGGGCUGGAAAAGUUUCCGUGUUGAGAAGGAUCCCACGUGCGACGUCUCUAGUCACACUCAGGUCCCAACGGUCGGGCCACAAGUUGGAGAUGUAGAGUGGGAUGGAGUCGAGGUCUGGAGGUUCACGGUUGAAUAUAACCACCGCAGCACCGUCAGGGUUCGCCUGUCAAAGAUCCCCGACGACUCCUCUCCAGAGACCAACGACAGCCCCGCCGCUAACAUGACCCAGCUUGAGCUCAAACCGAAUUCCUCACUUGAGAAGAAAUUACGCGGUGGCAUCGACAACACGGGCACUACCGCUAUGGACAAUGUACGAAUGACGAACACCACAGAUUUGAAACUGUACCUGGAUACCGUGCUGACCGACAGCAUGAAGAGCCGUGAGAGAAAGCAUCGCGUCAUCAAACGUAUCAAGAAGGCCCGAGCCAUCGCACUGGCUGUGGUCGGUGUGCUGAUAGCGACUGAUGCACUUCCAAAGAUGAAUACCAAGUCCACGACCCCUCCGACAGACGAAAUGAAGAAUGCCCAAGUUCCUGACCAGACGGAGACUCUCGAGUCCGAGGGCUGGAAAAGGUUCCGUUUUGAGCAAAAUCUCACGUGCGACGUCUACAGUCACACUCAUCAGGUCCCAACGGUCGGGUCACAAGUUGGAGAUGGAGAGUGGGAUGGAUACGAGAACUGGGGCUUUACAGCCAAAGAUAACCACCGCAGCGCCGCCAGGGUACGCCACCGUGUUUCAAAGAUCCCCGACGACUCCUCUCCAGAGACCAGCGACAGCCCCGCCCCUAACAUGACCCAACUUGAGCCCAAACCGAUCUCUUCACUUGACAAUAAAGUACGCGGUGACAUCGACAACACGCACACUUCCGCUAUGGACAAUGUACGAAUUAACACCAUGGAUUUGAAUCUGUACCUGAAUGCCGUGCUGACCGACAGCAUGAAGAGCCGCAAGAGAAAAUACCGCGUGGUCAAACGUAUCAAGAAGGCCCGAGCCAUCGCACUGGUAGUCGUUGGUAUGCUGAUAGCGGGAGCGGUUGCACACACCUUCCUGGCCCACAUUCCAAAGUGAAAAGGGUCUUAUUUGUUAGAAAAAAUGCUCAAGAGUUCUUGAUGUACCACUGAUGUAAUUAUACUGCAGAAGGGAAAAUUGACUGAUUGUCGAUGGUUUCUUUUGUUACAAUAGGUGACAUGUUGUUGUACUAGACUAUGUUAAACUUCCGUUACAAUGUAACAUUGUACAACACAUAUUCCUAAUAAAAACAUAUUGGAGGGUAACAA